CGAGGAGCUGCUGGCUGGGAACAGGAUGCUGUCAGGCCGAACAGACGCAUCAACCUAACGGAGAGAAGCCGCAGCAGCAUCCUUUGUUUUCUGGAGCUGGAUCCCAGCUGUGAGACCCACUGUCAACCUGCGGCACAUGGAGGAGAGGGGGAGGCGUCCGGCUCCGACAGCCAAUAGAAUAAAGCUUGGAGUGUAAAAGUGGCCCCUUGUGCUAGCCAAUAGGACAGCUGCACACUGAUAGAGUGGCGAGCGUGGAGAGGCGUCGAGGCUUUCCUCUUCCACCGCCCUCUGCUUUUCCUUCGGCCCCCGUGGAAGCAGUCAUCCACAGCACUGAAACACACCCGUCACUGUGUGUCCUCCUUUCCAGCCAUCAGGCCAUCUUGCUAAGCACCGCAAACCAGUAGAGACCUCUCAGUAAAGACCAUCAGAGAUCAGUUGUUUAGGUGCUCACAGAGAUCAUCCUACUCUGACGAGUCAGUAGUGUAUUUGAAUACAGUACUUCUCCAGACCCCCCCCUACCCGCCCACCCCCAGCCCAGAGUCUGGCUCGGUCCCACAGGGUCCCACAAGCGAUGAGGAGGGCCAGGGGGUUCGUCUCUUUCUAGACUUUCUCCUCUCCACCUUGUGUCUUCAUGUUUUGGGGGUCCUCCGGUGCCCCCGCCCUCUGUCGACCCCCCCGCACCCGCUGCCACCACGGCCGGCCACCCCAGUCGCCUUGUUGCCAUGCCGACAGAGACGCUGGCCCCAGCCCUGCCAGAUAGCAAGGCCGCUGGCCCCGCAACGGCCUUCAGUUCCGCCGUACCCCUCCGCAUACUCAACAAGGGCCCCGACUACUUCAGGAGACAGGUGGAGCCGAACCCAAAGCGCCUCAGUGCUGUUGAGAGACUAGAAGCUGACAAGGCCAAGUAUGUCAAGAGCCAGGAAGUUAUCAACGCCAAGCAGGAGCCAAUCAAACCACCCGUGCUGGCUAAGCCUCCCGCUGGUCACACCCUCCUGUCCAAGAGAGGUCCUGGGAUUGGUGGAGGAGGAAAUGGAGGCGGGGGACCUUUCAAAGCAUCCAAUAACAACGCCAAGUCAGACACGUGUCCAACAAGCAGCAGCAAACGGGGGAAUUUAAACCUGGAAAUCCUGAAAAAUCUGCUUAACUCAUCAUCCUCUUCAGGAGCCGGAUCUGAAGGACUAGGGGGUGGAGCUAAGAGUGCUGUGUUGAUGAGGUCAUCAGGGGGAAUGGCCAGGAGUUGGACACCAACGGGGAUGCCGUUAACCUACCGUUCUACAAUGACACUUAAUGAGCAACCACCAGACUCUGCUCCCAGUCCAAGCACCUCACACUCCCUCCGAUCCUUCUCCCAUUCCCUGAAGGUCCCUCCGAUCAACAGCGGGGGACGUCGCAGUCCACUACAGGGAGGAAACCUCAACCUUAGCAGACGAGGGGAAGGAAUUAUCGAUCGUUCUCGCUCUCCACUAGCACCUCUUCUCACCUCCCACUCCUCCUCCGACCUCCUGCGACUGUGCAAUGGCAAGCCACUUCGCACGGCGCGAUCCAGCAGCUCCUCAGCUCCGCCCCUCCCUCCAAAACCCAACCCUGCCACCCUCCCUCCCCCCGCUCUGUCUUUGUCGCUGCCUCCUCCUCGUCCGACUCCAUCCCCCUCGCUCUGCAACAACACCGCCCCUCAGUCGCUACAGUGUGAUUUCGGAGACCCGGAGCAUGAGCUUGGUUCAUCUGUUGCUCGUCACUCCUCGCUACACCGAUCUAAAUCAGACCUGUCGGAUCGCUACGCCCGGGCUGGAGCUGACGUGGAACGCUUUUUUAACUACUGCGGCCUCGACCCAGAAGAGCUGGAGGCAGUCGGUCCAGAGAACUUUGCGAGGGCCAACUCAGACAUCGUCAGCCUGAACUUCCGAUCAGCUUCUAUGAUCUCCUCAGACUGCGACCGGUCGCGCCGAUCUUCCAACGAUGGGCUGUCAGACGGGGAAGAGGACGAGGAGGAGGCCGGGGAGCGUGUUCCAUACGGCAUCUCGGCUGUGGAGCGGAACGCCAGAGUCAUUAAGUGGCUGUACAGCAUCAAACAAGCGAGAGAGACGCAAAAAGUCUCACAUGUUUAGGGCAAGCACUACAGUGGAAUGGAUGUACUUUAAACUAUGGACAAACUCCCCCUGGGUUUCAGAAGGGAUGGAUACCAGAAUCUCUCACAAGUUUAGAGAAUGUGAUCUUGGCGCUGAAUUGAAAAUUUGUCCAAAUGUGUAGUGGAUGUAUGAAUGGAUGCUAGAGAAAGCCUGACAUGUCUAACAAACCUGGUAAGGAAUUGAAUGAAGAAGAGAUGAGGAAAAGGACUCCAGUCCACUUGUAUUUAGAUGAACACUAUGACCAGAAAGGAAUGGAACUGUCCGGUCUGGAGAGAAAAAUAUCUACGGGACAUGUCUGAGAACAACUAGUUCAUUAAUUGUUUCUCUAUGGACAUUGUAUAAUCGUACAGACACAGUCUGUCAAUUUGCUGACGUAACAAGAGGAGCGAAGUGCACUGCGAUGUCCAAGGACCCAUCAAGUGACCGCCUCACAUUGAAGAGUCAUAGGCCUUUCUCACGGUGAACAUUUUGGCUUGACGAAUCGGAGCAUUGUUAGUGGGAUUAUCUUCCUACAUAGCUUGCUAGCUACCUAGCAUUUUAUCUGUUCAGGUUCUGCCAUCUGUGACACUGGCUGGGCCAACUGUCUUCACCAUGCAGACACACAGUAGGAAUGUACUGAGCUGUCUCUGAGUCGGUGUGAAUUGAUAGAAUGUCAGGCGAGUGCACACUUCUAAAAACGCAUGUUUCUUUGGCCUUAGGGCUUUCACUUUGUAAAACGAUAAAGAGCCAACACGUCAUUUGUUUGAAUUCCAUUUGAAUUAUUUUGCUUUAGAAUUGACAUGAUUAUGUUCAUUGGCGGUGCCUCCACUGCAUCACUGAGUGACAAGCUAACAGGUGUUUUCACAUUUGUUGUCGUAAUUACUGUAAAGACCAAUGUUGCACGUCAAUUAUUUGUUAUCAUGUGUUGCCUAUAAUUUUCAACGUAGGCCCCCCACAAUGGCGGCUUAGCGACCCUUCACGCCAUUGUCCCAU